AUGGAAUUAGAAGAAGGCCAAUCAAAUCUUCUAGAAUUCAAAAAAGAAAAUGUGAAAGAAUUGACACAAAUGUUGAAAUGCUUGAAUUUCAGAGAUGUAAGUUUUUUUUUUCAAAAUCUGAAAUUUGAAAAAUCUACAAAUUUUAGUAUGGAGUGAUAUAUUUAUAUGAUCGCGGUCUCAAAAUAACAGUCGAUGAUGGAAGUUGUCAACAAGCAAAUGCAUAUUUGGAUUCUGCAAUAUUUUCAACAUUUGUCUCACGAGAUGAAGGAAUUCGAAUCAAAUUUCCUCUCAAAACCCUAACAGAAUGUCUAAAUAUGUCUGAAGGAACAGAGAAUUCAGUCAAAAUGACAUAUUCGGGUUUUUAUGAACCACUUGGUGUACUUCUCGAGGAAAAUGAGGGAUUGAUUUUGCGAGCGAAAAUUCAUACAAUGGUUCCGGAACAAGAAUUGGAUUUUGAAUUCAAAGACAAAGAUGUUAUUGUUACGUGUAUGUUGAAAACUCAACUUAUUAAGGAUAUUUUCAAGGAUUUUGAUGGUUCGAGUAAAAUUUUGAUUAUGAAGUUUAAUUCGAAGGGUGUUGAUUUUAUUACGAAAGGCGAUAUUGGCCGAAUUGUGGUGCGUUUUUUAAAGGAAUCUGAAUGUACCAUUCUCAACAUUUCCUAAAAAUUUCAAAAUCUAUAAACAAUAAUCUUGAAACCAAUUUUUUCCGGGUUGAAAAUUUUUUUUUAAAAUUCACAACAAUUAAAAUUGUCUCUGAGUUUUCAUAGAACCCGGAAUUUCCGGUACGGAAAUCUUGAAAAAAAUAAUUUUAGAGUUAAAAUUUGCAUUUUCUAAAAUUUUAAGUUAAUAUUUUCUCAUGCACACAGUGUGUAAUCUAAUGUUUCAAUUAGACUCCAAUUAUCCCCUAAAAUAUUUCCAAAUCUCAUUCAUAAAAAUCUCGAAACUUAUUAUUUCACAGGUUCACAUUCCAACAAAAAGUCUCCAAAUGGAAACAAUGAAAUGCGAAGAAGACAAAGUCGAGUUCACAUAUCGAUUAUCUUUUAUCCAAAGAAUGAAUCCCGUGUUCGCAAUUGCUGAAAAAGUCGUUUUUCGAGUCGAUGAUCGCGGUGUCCUUUGUUCUCAAUUCACAAUUACACAUGGUGAAAAUUGCAGUUAUCUUGAAUUCCUCGUAAGUACUUCUAUUUGUUAUCCUAAUCUCAAACCACCUAUCUUUCAGACAGUUCCCGACGAGGAUCAUUAA